CCUCGACUGCCGUGACGUCAGUUGCACCAUGUCCAGCAGUGAUGGCGCCCACUCGCUGAGGAGACACGCUCUCAGGUCUCCCAAGAAAUCCAAGAAAGGCGACGACAGGAGUACCCCCAAGUCGCCCAACCUGAGCGUGCACACCAAGAACUUCUACAUCGCCUCGUACCCGGUGGUGCUGGUCUUCAACCUCCUCCGUUCAGUGCUGUAUCACAUAUUCUUACUCUUGAAAACGUUGGUCCGGGCGGGCAGCUACCUGGCCCAGGGCCGGACCGAGGCGCCACAUUCAACUGGCCUCAUCACCGAGCUGGAUAGUGUGGGGGUGGAGGGUAGAGGAGGCUCGGGCCAGGUGGAAGAAGGCACUCAGGUGGACUUAAGUGUGUUAGAGAUGCCGCCCAAGACCAAUCCUGGGCCCGGAGACCCGCUCCUGGCCAAGCAGAAGCACCAUCAUCGCAAGGCUUUUGAGUACAUCUCCAAGGCCCUCAAGAUCGACGAGGAGAAUGAAGGGAACAAAGAGUUAGCGAUGGAGCUGUACCGUCGCGGCAUCACAGAGCUCGAGUCUGGGAUUGCUGUAGAUUGUGCGGGUCGCGGGGAUGCGUACGAGAGGGCGCAGAGAUUGCAGGACAAGAUGAGAACGAAUCUAAUUAUGGCUAAAGAGAGGCUGGACAUGCUAGAUUCGCUGGUUCACCUGCAGCAGCUGGAGGUGGAUGUGCCUCUCCUCACCACCCUCACUCCCCCAGCUUCCCCUGCCCCUCGCAUCAUCCACACCCCCCCUCGCUUUGGGGGGGUUAAGGCAAAUGCCAGUGGCAAUAGGGGGCUCACAAAUCAUUCUCCCGCUCACACAAAUAAGCCUCGGGCACGUGUUGCCCCGCAGGUUAUGACUCUCUCAGAUACAGGCCGAAAUUCUUCAGAUCGCCGAAAUGGGCCCACUCACUCACAAAAGCCUUCUGAAGAUGCCAAGACUUUUAAGAAGAUUCCAACAACCAAGCGCAUUACUACAUUGAGCAAUAAAAGUCAAACACUUCCUCGUAACAUGGGGUCCAGAGCGGUCUCCAAGAAUCGAGACGGAAAACAUCCAGGCACUCCACCAAGUGUUAGACGCCAGUUAUCAAAUCAGAAUGGUGGACACGUAAUGGGCUCGCCUUUGAAACGACGAGGCUCUGCUGGCUCUGGUCUGGGUGGAAAUGGAGGUAAUGGCACACCAAAACACACGCCAUCACAUAGACGGUGUGCUUCAGCGUCAUUGAAAGGAGUUGAUUCCAAAUUAGCCCAUGGCAUUAUGGAUGAGAUAAUCGAUUCUUCACCACCUGUGUCAUGGGACGACAUUGCAGGGCAAGAUAUUGCAAAGAAAGCGCUCCAAGAAAUUGUAAUAUUGCCAGCUUUGCGGCCGGAGCUCUUCACUGGUCUUCGUGCUCCAGCGAGAGGGUUACUAUUAUUUGGUCCUCCAGGUAAUGGAAAAACCAUGUUGGCUCGAGCAGUAGCAAGUGAAAGUUCGGCAACAUUUUUCAAUAUAAGUGCGUCUACUCUGACCAGCAAGUAUGUUGGUGAGGGUGAGAAGCUGGUCAAAGCAUUGUUUUCUGUGGCUAGAGAACUUCAGCCAGCAAUAAUCUUCAUAGAUGAGAUUGACUCUUUACUCUGUGAGAGAAGAGAAGGAGAGCACGAAGCUUCAAGAAGACUUAAAACGGAGUUUCUUGUUGAGUUUGAUGGAUUAAAGUCGGAUCCAGAUGAGAGAAUUCUCAUCAUGGGUGCUACCAAUAGACCCCAGGAACUGGACGAUGCUGCACUUAGACGAUUCAGCAAACGAGUUUAUGUAUCUUUACCAAACAAGAGCACACGCACGCUCUUGCUGAAUAAGUUAAUGACUAAACAGAAUUCAGAGUUUUUUCCUCGGGACAUGGAUAUAUUGGCAGGACUAACUGAGGGAUACUCGGGGUCGGACCUUACAUCCCUGGCCAAGGAUGCAGCUCUAGCACCUAUUAGAGAGUUGAAGCCCGAGCAGGUGGUGUCGUGCGAUCCAUCUGAAGUUCGAGGAAUCACACUGGCCGAUUUUAAGGAAUCAUUGAAAAAGAUCCGCAGAUCAGUCCCACAGUCCACAAUUUCUACGUAUGAAAAAUGGAAUGCAGAAUAUGGAGACAUAUCUACAUGAACAUUUUUUAUAUCACUGUUGUGAAAAGUCAUAGUGAUUAAUCACAAUUUUUUUAUGACCAACAUAAUUACUUUCAUGUCACUAAAGGUACCUAGCAUAUACUUAUACAAAGCCUCAUGCUCAUUGUUAUAGAUGAUAUUAACUUUAUAUUGUAAACAGUAGAGUGCAUUUGAGUUGAUAUUACAGAGCUUAUACUUUCACUAAAAGAUUUCACUCAAAGGGUAUGACUUCACUCAAAAAUGUCAAGGUAUGCACAAUGACAUCACUAGAAUGUGAUGUAUUGAGAAACAAAAAUUGAGGUUGUAUAAUGAGAUGAAAACUGCUUGCCUGGACUCUUCGUGGUUCAGUGGGUAGUGCGUGUGCCUGGGAGUCCAGAGAUGAGGGUUGGAUCCCAUCGGUAUUCUCUCAUAAUAAGGUAUGCUUUCCAUGAAGAAAUGUUGGGACAAGACGAAGGGAUGGAACCAGCAUCCUGGGGUCACCACCGUCCUCCUCUCAAGAUUUCCUUGUAGAUAUAUCACGUUAUUGUGAUUCCAUUGUGUGUGUGCUUUCUAUCCUUAUCAUGUUGUUUCAAUUUUAGUGUUAUAUCAGAGAUGGCAUUACUAAUAUUGGUGGGGGGAAUAUAUUAUCAUAGCACAAUAUCUUAACAUGAAACGCUAGGUUUUGGUAUGGCUUAACUUGAGCUGCUUUAAUGCUUAGAAGUGCUUGAGGGUAGCCAGUUUGAUAUUGACAAAUAUCUGAUGGCAACCUCCAGACAGUAGAUGCUAUCGUCUAUUGUUUUUAGGAUUGGAAGCUCUAGUGGUAGUAGGUUAUAUUCUGUAUUACAGUAGUAGGGAACUUGAGUAGUGUUCAGGUUUUUAUUGAUUUCAUGCACACUACUUCUGAGUGCACUAAGGAAAUCAUUCAAAGAUUAUGAUUGAAAAAUUUAGUUUUUCUAAUUUUGCCUACAGCAAAACUAAUAAUUUUCUAACAUAGAAAUAACUGGCAUGAAAAAGUCUUAUGAUUUGUGGUACAAUUAAGAUUUUUUUCUUAUAACAUUAACUAGUACACACAAUAGUUUUUGAAUAUAGAGUAUACAAGCCUCAAAUUUUGCUUUAAAAUAUUUUAAACAAAAUUUAUCUAAAAUAAUUGCAAACAAAUUAGACCUAUAGUUCUUUGUAGGAAAAUCUACUCUGUUUAUUGCUUGUUAAGAGUUAGAUGGACCUCUUCAAAUAAAUGUGAACCACAACGAUGGGGCCUGGGAAGCGGGAAUAAUUUAUUUGGGCCGUAGUAUUUUUGGCAAAUAGUAAAAUUAGGGGCAAGGCUAUUAUUGCAUGGCAGUUACUAAUGCUUUUUUUUUUUUGGCUUCUUCUCAAGUUAACUGGAUUACUUCAAAAGCAUUUCAAGUUGGCAGUUUUUGCACAGUAAAAAGAUUUUUGUAUAAAUUUUCUUUUUAGGUUGCAUAGUCAACCUUGAAUAAAGUUCUUUGACAUAAAUACAGUUUUUACAUCUUUGAUUUUAACACUGAGGAAAACAACAGGUACUGAUAUGUGCAUUUAAAACGUAUUGUAUAAUGAACAUAUUACUAAACGUAAUUUCUUACUAAACGUACUAAUUUCAAAUUUAAAAUUUUGCGAUUUUCAUAAAUUAAAAAGAAUAUAAUUGUUAUUUUAUAGUUGACAUACCCUUUGUAGUAUUGCAAGAAUGAUUGAAGAUAGGUGAGUAUAUUGGUCCACUGUAGUAACCUCCAUGUGUACAUUUUGUUGAGAGAGCUUUAAAAUCACAUACCUUUUUUAUAUCAUCUUUUUGAUAGCACAAGUACUUGGUAUGGAAGUGAGAAUGGUGUAACAUUUCUGGUAAUUCAUAGGCAGCAGAGCUUGAUACACAAGAUCUUGUAAUUUUGCAAGUCAGUUUUGUUGACCUUUGAAUUUCUUAUCCCAGUUUUAGUAAAGGCAUGAUUUGGGUUUUGUUGUUAAAUAUUUUGGGGGUAAAAAAAUUACGUACAAUGUAGAUUGUUUCAAAAUUGUCUAAAAUGCAGACAUUGUAAUUUGAAAAGUGAUAUUCCAUGCUCCUUAUAAUAGCAUUGCAUUUUAUUUUUGUAAACAGAUUUGACUGGAAUUUGCGUGAGCUUGUUGUGUGCUAGUUAGAGAAUUUAGACUGGGUGUAAAACAGUGAAGCUCAAUGUUGAUAGUGGCUAGCUAGUCAGGACAUGUAUGCUUGUGACUUCUUGAACAGGAGUGAUAUUGAUGCACAACUGUGAGGACACCAGCCUAUAGGUUAUUUUUUUUCUUUUAAGUUUGAUCUGCCAAUUUAGAAAUUGCUACGUGUAACAGAAAUCACACAUCACUUAAACAGGCUCAUUAGUAAUGGCAUUAAAGACAAACAUUACCUUGAUAUGAAUAGAAACCCCAAAGCUUUAAAGUGCAGGAAAUAGCGUGUUGAUUGUAGACAACUUAUAGGUUAGAAUGGCAUUAGUAUCACCAUUAAGAAAAAUAUAUGGAAAAUUGUACCUGCUCCAGUAUAUUGUAGUGUGUCCGGCAGUUAAUAGUGUAUAAGGCUGCCAAUUAAAACAGCAGAAACUAAAAAGGUAUCGUAUAGGAGCUUUUGUAAUCCCAGUCCUGUUAAUUAUAAAUAUUCUCAUGUGAAAUUUUGGUAUUGGCCAUAGACAUAGUAUAAACCGUUUGUCAUUUAACAAGUUACAGAAAAUACACGCAAUUCUAUUUUGUUAUUUAUUUGUGUGUUCGUUUAGAAAUCUUCACUUGACAUUUUAAUAUAUUAAUUAGUUUAAAUAAAGUUCACCGACGUACUAUUUUAAUUUUAAAUGUCAAUUUAUUUUUCUUAUAGGAUAUAACAUCAAAGGAUGUCAUGUGUUGAGGUAAAGUGGAGAUGCCAACAGUGUUUUUUGGCACUAGUGCUCAGCCGAUUCAAAUUAAUGGUCACACGUAAUUUUGUAUAUAUUAUUGGUAUUUGUGCCAUAAUUUGUAAAUUUUGUGUUGACUCGGGUGCAUUUCAUCACUAUAUAAGUGACUAAAACAAGGAUUCAGGACUGGACAAGUAAUAUAUUUUGAAAGUAAUUAAGUACUAGAUUAAUAAAUUUUGCUAUGAAUCUAGUGGUAGCACAUGCAUUGUCUUGUGGGAUUCCUUAUCAGCUUUUCUAAUUUAUGCUCAUUUUGUAAACAUAUUUCAUUAAGAAAUGCAGGUUGGUUAUCAGGUGUCAUCUCAAUGGCAGUUUUCUCUUCUGCCUGAACAUUUUACAAUUGGAAAGAACAGUCCUGAUUGCCUUUGAUUUGCCUUUGGUUAUUGUCUAACCCACAGUUCAAAACAAUCCGUGCCAUCAUCUUGUAUGAUUCUUUGCUCAGCCCUGUUUCGUGUGUGGGGACACUGACCAAAUAAGUAAAGCUUCAAUCAGUUGUCUUCUGUGCAGUUACUAAUUUUCCUCUCUUGAAUUAUAAUAGUAGUGUAAGAAAAUUAACACGAUGCAUAGCAUGUAUGAAGUAACUUGCCAUAAGCAACUGAAAUGUAUAGUUUCCCUGUUCAAUUUGAGGUCAUAAUUUCUUUAAAACAUAAUGUUACAAUUAUAAGUUGUGAUAAUGAGUUGCAAUGCUUGGUGGAUUUUCCAGCUCGUGACCCCUCCCCCCACACACUUAUGUUUCACUGUCUGGGUAAUCUGAGAGAUGCGUUUGAAUUCUUGGAAAUAAUAAUUUACAUUUAUACAAUUUUAAAAUGUGCUCUUCAAUAAAAUAUUAACUUGGUUAAAAAUAUUCACCUGCAAUGUCAUCAAUUGCAAACUUAUCCCCAUAUUUUAAAUGCUUUUCAUACUGUUUAAUGGACUACUUCACUCUCCAUUUUACUCUUAUUUUGUGCUGAUAUUUCUGUGUGAAGUCAGAAAUGUCAAAAGUCCACUGAAUUUAUUAAAUAAAUAUUUUAAGUGUUGUUAAUGUGGCAGAAUUUAUUAAAUAAAUUUUGUUCUUUGAUGUGAUGCUGUUUUGGAAACUUUUGUAUAAGUUGCCAGAUAAAUAUUUUGCUGUAAAUUGUAAAUAUAAAUGUUAAAACAAAAGUGGUAAGUUCUUUAUUAUGAAGAUUCCGAGUAGUUACAUAUUGUUGAAGUAUGGGAACUGUAGUUUAUGGAUUGGCAAUAAUGUAUCGUACGUGGACAACUUGUUCCAGAUGUAUUCUCACAUGGAUUGUCUUGUCAGAAAAUGAUCAACAUAUAAACAAAAGUAAAAUACCUACAGCUAUGCCUUAUAUGUAUGAUGAAUAUAUCUAAAUGUCCAGACUCCACUCAUUCACAUAAUUGUAGCUCUAUAGUAAUGAGCUGGUAAGCUGCUGUUGUCAGUACCAGAAACAAUAGUCACCAUAAGAUUCUCAAAAUAAUAUUAAAGUAUAUAUUAACUUUGCAACAUCAAGAGAGAUGCCAAAUCUGUUCAUUGUGACAUGAAACAUUAUAAAGAUUUGCACGAAGUUUUGCUGCAUGUAUGGAUGACAAAGCAGCAGCCCCUCAUAAAUACUGUAUGUGUAUUUAACUUGCACAACUUGCAGCAAAACUGGCCAUACACAUAUUUUCACUCGCCCAUUUCCCACCUUAAUGGGGGUGGGGAUGUAACACUGGUUGGGAGACAAUUCUACUUCAAAGGUUUUAUGCCUUGUCUUGCAUAGUAAUCGUUCCCAUCAUGAGGGACAGGAUGCUUGUUAGGGUAUCAAGGUUUCCCUAUGCCAGUGCAACCCACAACAGUUGCCUAAAUCUCAUAUAUUUACUGCUAGGUGAACAGAGGCAUCAGGUGAAUGGAAAUGUGUCUAAGGUACACUUAAGUACUAAAAAUUGUUUCCAUGAAUGACUAUUUAUAGCAGCCAAAGUGAUAGUUUUGAUUUUAAUUAUAUGUUGUUAUGGAUGACAAAUAAAUCAUUCCAUUGUAUGUUGUUAUGAAGUAACAAAAAUAGAAAGUUGGUACUGAAACUGCAGGGACAAUUUUUUCCUGAUGUGCUAAUUUUGUCUUAAAUUGUGUAUUGUUUGAUGCUGUAUGUUUUGUAUUUGAUAACUUGUGAUAACAGCAUUGAUGCUCAUAACUACUGGAUGUAAACUACUGUUUGUCAUUAAGUUUACAUUUGUGACCCAGUGACCGUGCUUGUACUACUUGCAAAUAAAACAUUUUACCCUU